AAUUCUGAGCUGGGGCACUUUAGCAUGAGGCUGCAAAUGACACAGAUGUGCUUGCUGUGAAUUUCUGUAGUGCCUGGAGUUUUUGUACUAAAGGUGGCAAUACUUCUCUUCCCGUGACUUUUUUUUUAUUCUUUUAUUUUUCACAUACUUUCUAUAAAGGGAAAGAAAUGGACAAGUUGAAGAAUUACGUAUCAGUGAAAAAUGAAGAUCACUUUUAUCAUCAGGGAGCUGUGGAGCUGCUAAUCUUUAACUUUCUACUCAUUCUUACAAUAUUAACAAUUUGGUUGUUUAAAAACCAUCGAUUCCGCUUUCUGCAUGAAACUGGAGGAGCUAUGCUUUAUGGCCUUGUAAUGGGAUUAAUUAUACGUUAUGUGACAAAAUCACCAGAUGUUGAAAGUGGGACUGUUUACGAAUGUGAAAAGCUGAAAUCUGGGCCAUCCACUCUGCUUAUCAAUAUAACUAAUCAGGUCUAUGAAUAUCAAUACAAAAGAGAGAUCAGCCACCACAAUGUCAACAGCCACCAGGGCAAUGCAAUGCUUCAAAAGAUGACCUUUGAUCCUUCCAUCUUCUUCAACAUUUUGCUGCCACCCAUUAUAUUUCAUGCUGGAUAUAGUUUGAAGAAGAGACAUUUUUUUCGUAACUUAGGAUCAAUUUUAGCCUACGCCUUUUUGGGAACUGCCAUCUCCUGCAUUGUCAUAGGGUUGAUAAUGUAUGGCUUUGUGAAGGCCAUGGUACAUAUCGGCCAGUUAAAGCAAUGGGAAUUCCACUUCACUGACUGUUUAUUUUUUGGAUCACUGAUGUCUGCCACAGAUCCAGUGACAGUCCUUGCUAUUUUCCAUGAGCUGAAUGUGGAUACAGAUUUAUACACACUCCUCUUUGGAGAGAGUGUCCUAAAUGAUGCUGUGGCUAUCGUGCUGACACACUCUAUAUCCAUUUACAGCCCUAAGGAGAAUCCUAACACUUUCGAUGCUGCUGCUUUCUUCCAGUCAGUGGGAAAUUUUCUGGGGAUCUUUGCUGGAUCAUUUGCCAUGGGAUCCUCUUAUGCUGUUGUCACAGCUUUAUUGACAAAAUUUACAAAGCUGUGUGAGUUUCCUAUGUUGGAGACAGGUCUGUUUUUCCUCCUAUCCUGGAGUGCCUUCUUAUCAGCAGAAGCUGCUGGGCUUACAGGUAUUGUUGCUGUCCUUUUCUGUGGAGUCACACAGGCCCAUUACACCUACAACAAUCUGUCACCAGAUUCCAAAAUGAGAACUAAACAGUUGUUCGAGUUCAUGAAUUUUUUGGCUGAGAAUGUCAUCUUCUGCUACAUGGGACUCGCACUAUUUACGUUUCAAAAUCACAUCUUCAAUCCUCUUUUCAUAUUUGGUGCACUUGUGGCAGUUUUUGUAGCAAGAGCUUCCAACAUUUACCCACUUUCUUUCCUUUUGAAUUUGGGUCGAAAACAAAAGAUUCCCAGGAAUUUUCAGCACAUGAUGAUGUUUUCAGGUCUGCGUGGAGCGAUUGCGUUCGCCUUGGCCAUCCGGGACACAAACUCCCAGCCCCAGCAGAUGAUGUUCACCACAGCCCUGCUGAUCGUCUUCUUCACGGUCUGGGUCUUUGGGGGAGGCACAACCCCAAUGCUCACCUGGCUGCAGAUCAGAGUUGGCGUAGAUCCAGAUGAAGAUCUGAAAGCUAAAGCUGCGAGCCAGAGCACAUCUAACUUGGAUAAAAAUACAACCAAAGCUGAGAGUGCAUGGCUGUUCAGAAUAUGGUAUGGCUUUGACCACAGAUAUCUAAAGCCUCUCUUAACUCACACUGGGCCACCUCUCACAUCAACCUUACCUGAGUGGUGCAAUCCUGUUGCCAGGCUCCUGACCAGCCCCAGUGCCUAUGGGGAUCAAGUGAAGGAUGAUGACACAGUUUAUAUCAUCAAUAACGAUGAGCUGACCGAAAACUGUGAAUCAUCUGCUCGCGUACCAGUGUCAGCACAGGACAGCACAGGCUCCAUCCAGGCUACAGGCAAGGAAGAUAUUCAGGAAGGAGACCUGGGAUUAGGAGGAUACAAACUCCAGCUUCAACAUUCUGCAGGUCAACCCCAGGAGAAUUCAUUGGCAUGAGCAGUGUAAUGUUAAUCACAAGAAAGACUAAAAGAAACAAAAGAUCCUGUUAAGUGAUCAAGAGGUCAAAAAAAUUUAGUAAGCACAAAAAAUCAAAGAAGAUUCAGAUUUCGGCAACUAAAUACUUUGUUCUCCCAGGAAAGGGGUUUGCUAUCAUAUCUGUAUAUCUACAACCAUAUGCAGGUUUUAUAACUGCAGCAGUUUUUAGUAUGAAGACAUAGGGCAGUACCAGCCCACUGGAAAUCCAUUACAGUAAUGCAGGAUUUGACUGUACUGUGCCACUCACAUGUACACAGACCCUCUGAAUAUCAUUUAGAGUCUUCAGCAAGUUGAAAUAGAGAGAAAUAGCUUCCUAACAUUCAUGCUCACAGCUUUUUUCUACAGCUGGUCCUGACAUGAUUCACACCUAACUACUCAGUAGCUAUUACAUUUAUAAAGAAGAAGCAGAAGAUUCCUUGUCCAAGGAGUAUGUGAUCUGAAAAUGCUUAAAACAUGCAUUGCAGAACCUCAGUCUUGAUAAAUAAAGCUCCUUCAUGCUCACAGCAUAGAUUUUGCCUGACAUCCAGCCAAAUAUUUGCUAUCUAAAUGCACCUUACAGCCUGGUUCACAGAGGGUUUCACUAGCUGCCACAGAGUAGGAGACAUCAAGGUGUAUGAAAUCAGCAACACACACCCUUCAUGGCAGCACCAAAUGGGCACAACCGCUGCUUAAAACCUGCAGGUAUUCCACAGGGCUGUUGUUGUUACACCUUGGCAACACACACAGCUUAAACAGGGGGCGAAGUUCUCUUGUCUUGAAAGAUCAUUCUAAACAUAUACUGUGAUUUAAGAACUCAAAUGUUUCUCCUUUUUUUAACCGUUUAAGAAGAGUUUUAUAGAAUCAAACAUUUCUGCAAAAUAGUUCUCUUCAGACUGCCUGCUCCAAAGAUAAAUUUGUCUGUCUCUACUUAUGCUGGGUGCUCAGUGUUAUGCUAGAAAUGAGGACUGUGGUGGUUAGAUACAAAGGGAGUAUCAGAGUGUUCAUUGCUCUGCAUAAACACAGUAAAUGGAUAGCUGCUCAGCCACACAUACAGCUGACUGACACACACUGUCAAGCAUCAGUACAGACCAGCUUUGGCACACAGCAGCUAAGCAGUGCAAAACCAGGGAUAGAGCCAGGCUGCUGUUGUUAGAGCAUGUGCCUUUCCUCACAGCAGAGGUUUCAACUAACUGUGCAUGAUGAUGUUCCUAUUAAGAAAGUCAAAACAUCAGGAGUUUUUAAGGAAGAUCAUUCUUAGUAUACAAAGGGAAUGGGCAAGAAGAAAUUUGUGAUCUAGAAAAAUAAAAAUCAAACUGCCUCUCUCCAUAGUCCUAAAGUUGAACAGGUCUUAAUUUCACCACAAAUAAAACUUAAAAUACAAAUAUAAUCAAGUUUAGUCAUUAUUUUCCAGUGUAAUUAAUUUCUGGUUAUAUGUGACUCUGGAACAGCCAUUUUAAGCAUAAACCUGAACACAAUGGAGUUGUAUGUGCUGUUACAAAAGAUCAGAAGCUUAAGCUGGAAUUUUAUUUUGUCCUAAACUCCAAUCAAGGAUCUUCAAAGGGCCUUAAUCCCCACGUGGUUUAAAACAAAUAAUAUUCAGGCAUAAUAAUAACUCCUAAGAACUAUUGAAUUUCCAGCUCUGUGCUUUGCUUUGUUUAGCUGCAUGGGCUGGGAAAAGAUGUGCAGCAGCUUGCAAGAAGGGAUGAAGAAGGGAUGGA